AUGAAUAGUAAUAAUGAGAAGGCGAAGAUUGAGUCGAUAAUGGACUAAUUUUAUGGGUUUAAAGUGAUUGAAGAAGUACCAGAGGAGGAGAGACAUUUUGAUUAGGUUGUUCCAUAACCAGAUUAAACAAUAAUAUAAAAGAUGCUUGUAUGAAUAUUAAAAUAUUCUCAUAGGAUGAUAGUUUGCAAAAGAGAUAGGAGUUUAUUUAAAGCACAGACUGCAAAGAAUACUCAUAAAUGCUAAUAAUAUCUUAAAUAAGGAUGGAUUUUACAAAUGAUGAUCCAUUUCUAAAGCAUCUUAUGAAUGUUGAGAAAGCAAUAAAGAAGGCAAUACGAAAUAUCUUGUUGCAAUUAUAAAAGCUUGAAAAUAAACAAUAGUUCAAAGAGGCGUGUGAUAAAUUGAUAAAAAUAUUUUAUCAAGAUAUCAAUAUUGGAUUCAUUACAUCAACUGGGUAAAUAAAAUCAACAGCCUAUGCUUUUAUUUUUAAAUCAAUAAUCGAAUUAAUAAACAGAAAAAAGAUUAAUUUAUAAUUUAAAAAGAUUCCUCUUAAAAUUACAUUAACUUUCUUUGCAAUAGAUUCUCUUUAGCAAAUCAUCCCAGCAUAAAAAAUAUAUGAUCCCAGAAGUGCAUUUAUUAGAAAUAACAAAUUUUUUAAUGACUAUAUAAUACUAUCUUAAACAAGUUAAGAUGAACUAAGGAGUGGAGUAUCUAUCUUCUUUGUCUACAGACCAGAAGAUGAUUAAAUAUAUGCAUUGAAACGAGUAAGAAAUAUCUUAACUUAAACUCUAGAGCAAACUGCAAGCAACUCAACUUGAUUUUUUCUCUGUUUUCUCUGCAACUGCAUCCAACACUCCAAUAACCCCAGACAUUCGUAAAAUCAGAGAAGCUAAAAUACUGUCCAAAUUAACACAUCCAAAUAUCCUGAGGUAUGUUUUUGUUUAAUAUUAAUCUUAAGACUUUUUGCAUGGUGGAUCGAACAAACAAACGAUGGCUACUAUUUAUACAUGUAACUUGAAUAUUGUUCCUUUCCAGGUUAUAAAUAUCAGCCAACAGACCUGUUAACAUUUUCUUACUAUUAUCUAAAUGUUAUGCAAAAUGCUGAAAAAAUUAAUAAAAUUAAAUCUAUCCUAAAUCAAAUAUUAGAUGGUUUAGAAUACAUUCAUUAAAGGGGAAUUAUACAUAGAGAUUUAAAACCUGAAAAUAUUUUUGUGACCAUCAAUAUCAAGGGAGACCUAUAAGUAAAUUGUGUUACAAAUAAACUGGUUAGGUUGUUUUAGCAGAUUUCGAUUAGGGGAAGGAUGUUAGAGAGGAAAAGUUAUCAACUAUGACUGAUGAAAGACUUCCGUAAGAAGAACUCAAUUCGAUUACAUCUCAAAAUACUAUUACAACAGGCACUUGCGGUUAUUAGACUGCUAAUUAUAUUAAGGAUUCGCAUUAUAGUAUGGCUGACGAAUUUUAUGCAAUUGGAGUCAUUCUACUGCACCUUGUCAUUGCAUUUCCAGGAGAACCAAAGAAUAGAAACCAUUAUGCAAAGACUUUUGUGAUGGCUAAUCAAGCAGAGGAUGUACUAUCGUUGUUUGACACAUGGGCUAAUAAAUUUGUUAAAAAUAAAAGCAUUGAUUUUUCCUUCGCUCAUUAUAAAAAUGUCAUGGAUCUAGCCAAAUUAUUGACAAGCUCUAGAAAACUAACUCAUGCUGAUGUCAGGAAAAUGAUCAAUGAAUUGUGA